ACUGACUUUCAAUACACGUCGUAAAUUCGGAAUAGAUUAUAAUAAAAAUAAAAUUUCCAGACAACAUAAAGUUUUAAAAUCGACGCAUAAGACGUCUUUUUUUAGUCCUUUUAGACUUUUAGAUAGUUUUCAUGGAACUAUCUGAAAGACAUCUUAAAGACGUCUUAUGCUUCAAGUUUAGACUUAUAUUGUUAUAAAUAUAUUUAAAAGUAAAACUUUUUGUUUUUUAAUUUAAACUGCGUAUCACUAAUCACGCAUGAUUCCCAUUACCUUCUUAUAUUGUUAUUGUAUUUUUAAUAUCGAGAAUCUUAUAGGUUACAAUUUACUAUUGUAUAUCGAGAUUGUAUACUAUUUAAUAUCGAGAAUCUUAUAUCUAUUACAAUUUACUAUUGUUAAUAAAAACUGAUUUAUGUAAUUAAUUUUAUAUGCAUUUAGUUUACCACAUCUUUAACAUGAUUAGUAUUGUUUUACUGCCAAUUGCGGUGUGCAUUUUUAAAGACGGCAUACGCAUAAACGAGUCUCAGCUAAGACAAGUGAUACAGAUGAUUUUACCUAAACACUUCGUUGGAAAAGAAAGCUAUCUCUAUCUGAUUUUCCUACACUCGGGCGCAGCAGCUUGUAUAGGUGGAAUAGUGUUGGUGUCAACACUAAUGAUGUGCGUAACAUACACCAAACAUGCCUGUGGAAUAUUCAGAAUUGCCAGCUACCGUUUGGAAAAUGCAAUAACGGUAAAUACACUACAAAAUUUUAACUUGAAAAGCGAGAUAUUGAUAUCUAAGGAAAUAAUUCGAGCCGUAGAUAUUCAUCGAAAAGCUAUCAAGUUUACCGCGCUUUUCUUUUCUGGCUUCGAACAAUCACGUUUCGUCUUAAUAAUAUUUACCGUACUUACUUUGAGCCUUAAUCUUUAUGGAAUUUCAGUGACUAUAUCGCUUGAAGAGUUUACUGAAGAAUUUUUUUUGCAUUGUAUGGUUGUAGGCGCCCUUUUUAUAUAUUUAUUUUUAAUAAAUUAUGCUGGACAAGAAUUUAUAGAUCAUAAUGAUCACAUAUUUUCCACCGCGUACAACAUUCAAUGGUAUAUAGCACCAUUACACGUACAGAAGUUAAUAUUAUUUCUCUUGCAAAAAGGUAUGAAAACCGACAGCCUCCAGUUUGGCGUAUUGUUUUCGCUGUCUCUAGAAUUGUUUGCCUCGGUAAAAAUUGUUAUAUAUUUUAUUACACCGCAUAGCAUACAAUGUGCGUGCGUGUGCAUUGAAUGCUUAAACGGUGAAAGGGCAAAACCACAUAAUUAUGAACUCUGUCCGCACUGUAAGUAG